AGAAUAUGAUCUUUUUAUGAUGAUAUGUCCGAGUCUGAUGAGGAAGACGCCGCUGUGGUGGUGGUCGACAACGGCUCGGGGUCGAUCAAAGCAGGCUUCGCAGGCGACGAUGCACCACGAUGUGUGUUCCCGUCGAUGAUUGGACGCCCAAAGUACCAGAAAAUGAUCCCUACCUCCAUGAUCACGCGUGAUCAUUUUGUCGGCGACGAGGCCCAGAGAAAGCGAGGUCUUCUCAGCAUCAAAUACCCCAUCGAACGCGGAAUCGUCACUAACUGGGAGGAUAUGGAGACGAUCUGGCAUCACACCUUCUACAACGAGCUCCGUGUCGACCCCAAAGAACUGCUUGUCUUUUUCACCGACGUCCCGAAGAGCACGAAAGCUAGUCGAGAAAAGACUACCCAGAUUAUGUUCGAGAAAUUUGGCGCCAAAGGUUUCCAUGUCUGCACACAGGGCGUCUUGUCCCACUGUGCGGCAGGACGCACCAUGUCCGUCAUGCUGGACAUCGGCGACGGGGUCAUCAGUGUGGUACCGGUAUUCGAGGGCUACAUUAUCACCCCCGCCGUUCACCAAGUCAACUUCGGUGGCCGGGAUCUCACCCAACACAUGAUGAAGAUGCUGAAUGAUCGGGGGUAUUCGUUUGUUACAACUGCCGAGAGAGAAGUUGUUCGGGAGAUUAAAGAAAAAGUUUGCUACAUCGCUCAGGACUUUGAGAAAGAGAUGCUCGGCUCAUCUGCAUUGACCAAAACCUAUACACUCCCGGAUCUGCACGAUAUCACUCUUGGCAACGAGAUCUUCCGCGUCCCCGAAAUCCUCUUCCAACCCUCUCUGGCUGAUCGGGAUCACGCCAGCGUUCACAAACUCGUCUACGACGCCAUCAUGAAAUGCGACAUCGAUCUCCGAGUGCAUCUUUACUGCAAUGUCUUUCUUGUCGGGGGAUCCACGAUGUUCCCCGGAUUCCAAGAAAGACUCCAAAAAGAACUGUCCGCCAUGUUUCCUCAAAAGGCAAAGGUCAGGGUCAAUGCUCCACCAGAAAGGAAGUAUACGGUGUGGAUCGGUGGGUCCAUCCUUGCCUCACUUUCAAAUUUCAAGGAGAGUUGGAUUACGAAGAAGGAGUAUGACGAACAUGGACCAAGUGUUGUACAUAAAAAAUGUACGAACUAGCAGAAGUGUUUACAAGCUGAUAAAAUGCAAUUGCAUAAAAUGUCAGGUGAUCCGACAUAUUUUGGUCUUGCGG